GAAAAAUCGAAGAGAACGAACGAAGGAAAAUCACAGAUGAUGAGAGAGCCGGUUUCACAGAACUGUGAUGAAGAGACGUAUGCUAUCGUAGUGGGACCUAAGAAGCGCAAAACUCUACGCGCCUUUGAGGUAAUGGCUUCCAAUCGCGUCGCGGCGUCUUUACCACGAAUCGGGGUCACUAUUGGGCACGUUCCACAAAAGCUCAAAACCGGAGGUAUUGAACCAAGUCGUCGUGCCAGACUCGAAGUGCUCCGUCGAAUCGUUACAAGAACAGUUCGCGAAGAACGCGUAGAGUUAAAAUGGAAUCGCGCUGUUGAAGCGAGACCGUACUUGGAGCGGUUAAUCCAAUUAGGUGUCGAACGUGGGCCACUUGAUGAGUAUACUUCUGAAAUGAUGGAUUGGUGGCUACCUGAGAAAGACUUGAUCACCAAAAUGCACGAGGUUAUUGUUCCUCGCUUCCAAAAUCGAGAAUCUCCGUUCACUUCACUUUUUCGCUUACCUCCACAACGACUUCAACAGUAUAUCCAGAAUAAGCGUGAAGUCUGGAAGCGCUACGAUAUCGGAGUUCUAGAAAUUGAUGGGAAUCCAUUCCCACCAGUUCAGGCGGAAAAUCAAGAACAAUCCAACUCAAUUCUAGAUGCUUUACUGUCUGACGCACUUCGUAAUCACCAUAUUACUCUCCAAGAAAAACUUGAAACCUCUGCCAAGUAA